CUUCAACAUGCGCUGUCCUGAUGGAGAUGGGCUAGGAUGGUUUGGCUCGGAUGAAUCCCACUGUGCAAAGUAUCUGGAACCUCUGCUGCAGGAGCAAAAGACGGACGCUGUCUAACGACUUUGCACAUAUUAAUGAUGAAUUUCCGCAACAAAAGGCUACAGGGCAUUGGCGCUGGACAACGGAAUACUGCCGAAGCCGCGGGCUCAGAGCUCAUGGGCCUUAGUCAAUUAGGCAGCGCACUCCGGAAGGGACAGCCGAUCCGCCAGUUGCGCAAACCCGUGCGGGAUGUCGCAAGGUAUAGGCAAUUAAGAAGAGCAUGUUGUUGCCCCGUGGGAAGACAAGGAAGCCGUGGACGCGUGGUCGGCCGAGGAGGGGUCGGUAAGGUUUAGUCUGAGGACGAGGACGAUACAACGCGUGAAGGUUUCCAGCAGAAUAUGUCCAAUACGCUUCCACACAGCAUGUUCGGACCUCUACACAUCCAUGGAUGCACAGCGGCGACGAGACCGAAGAAUGAAAUCGUGCUUCACAACAGGCAGGAACGAUGGUGCGACCAGGGGACCAAGCUGGCCAAACCCCGCACGCCUUGCCGGGCGCCGAGACUCGGCUUACGCGUCGCUUGAUGAGAAGGCCGAAUUCUCUUUGACAACAUCGCCACCAUCAUCAACAAUGGGUAGAGCCUCAGAUCUGGCGAGACAGCCGCCUCCAUCGCCUCGCCGACUGUCGCCGGGGUGGAUCGUUGCGGGAGUGGCGGCCUCGGCGUUGGUCCUGUUCGCGGCCUUUCCCCAAUUGACAUCCUGGUCCGGCUCCAGCCUCGCUUCCGGCGCCGCGGAGCAUUUCGUCCAUCACCCCGGCCAACUGGACAACAGUUCCCCGUACGGCAAGUUCCCGCAGGAGGGCGACUCCUUUCACUUCCUCCCUUGCACGCCGGCCACUCUGCCGCCUGCACUGGAGGACAGCGCACCUGAGAGAACCUGGGCUGCUCGUUUCGACCCUGUUCCCGAGCACUGGAGCUGGGGUGCUCCCCAAGUCGGCGAGAAUGGGACGGCUGGGGGAGACCCAUACGCCGGGCGUGGGAUAUACCUGUGCGGCUACCUGGAUGUGCCCCUGGACUACACAAACAAGUCCGACACCCGGAUUGCGCGCCUUGCCGUCACCAAGUUCCAGGUCUCGGGCCUGGCACGAGUCGGCGACGCCGCGGACAGCUCCGCCGGCAGGAAGAGCGAGAGGACGAUAGUCAUCGAGCCCGGCGGACCUGGCGGCAGCGGCACGUCGUACGCAUGGCGGUCAGCGCAGAACAUCACGGAACGAUUUACCGAUGGCAAGUUUGAUGUCCUGGGCUGGGACCCGCGGGGCGUCAACGCCUCGCUCCCGGCCGUGGCCUGCUUCCCCCACGAUGCCAGCCGGGAUCACUGGAGCAUUCUCACGUCCCUUCACCACGCCGUUUCCAAGUCUCCAAGGGAGCAGCUCGAGAUUGCCGAUGCCAUGAACGCCGCAAUCAUGCGCGCCUGCUGGGAGCGGCAGGGCGAUCUCGGUCGCUUCCUCGGCACGGGGAUGGUUGCCCGGGAUCUGGAGCAGAUCCGGAUCGCACUCGGGGAGGAUGAGCUGACGGGGUAUCUUGUCAGCUACGGGACGGGCAUUGGCCAGACCUAUGCUUCCAUGUUCCCGGACAGGGUGGGCCGUCUCAUCCUCGAUGGCACCGAGUAUGUCCGCGACCAUCGCCUCCGCGGCGGGUUUGGCUGGACUGCGCUGGACAACGCCACGGACGCCUGGCGCGACGGUUUUCUGGGCGAGUGCGUGAAUGCCGGCCCCGAACACUGCGCCCUCGCAAAGCCGAAGGAGGGCAAGCCCGUCACCUUGUCGGACCUGGAGAAGCGCAUGGACGCGCUGCUAAGGUCGCUCGCUACCACUCCCGUUCCCGCUUACCUUCCGUCGAGCGGCCCAACUCUGGUGACAUAUUCUGCACUCGUCGACGCCAUUUACGGGGCCAUGUACAAUGCUCGGAGCUGGCCCAGCCUUGCUCAGACGCUCUCCGAGCUUGAGGACGGGAACUCGACGCUUGCGGCAUCGAUCCUUGAGACAUCAGCCUGGUAUUACGAUCCCGAGACGCCGUGUUCGCCGAAUCCCGUCCCGCCUUCAGACGCAGAGCUGACGAACCUCGUCAUCUGCGCGGAUUCUUACGACGCAUCGGGCCCCGACGACCUAGGCUGGUGGUUAUCUCUAUGGGGGAAUAUGACUUCUCAGAACUGGAUUGCAGGCGACUCCCGCUUUUACACUGUCCUGCCGUGCCGGCAUUACACGACAUACUGGCCCCAGCCAGUGGGCGUAUACCGUGGCGAUCUGAACCACACCCUCAAGCACCCGGUGCUGCUCAUCGCCGAGACGUAUGAUCCCGCCACUCCGCUGCGGAACGGCAGACGGCUGCUGCACGAGAUGGGCGACAACGCGCGGCUGAUUGUUCACCAUGGGUACGGUCAUUCGUCGAGGGACACGUCGAGCUGCACCGAGUCGAUCGCAAGGGCAUAUAUCCUCAAUGGCACUUUGCCUGAUUCGCCAGAAACGAACUGCUACGCGGAUGAGAAGCCGUAUCUCUACGGCGUCAAGACGAAGGCAGCCGCCGCGGCGCUGACCGAGACCCAGGAUCCGGUAGAGGCCUGGCAGGAGCAUCUGAGGGAAUUGGUAUUCCUAAAACCGGGCCUGUCCCCUGCAAUGAUGGUAUGGAAGCGAUGAAUGUGCUGAUUGAUUGCUGGACCUUAAAUAUGUCAAUAAUCUCAUUUACCUGAGAGACAGAGGCAGUCAAAACCUCCUGAGGUAGAACAACAAACAGUACCUAGUAGGUACUUGGGAAGGAAAGCCCGACUCGGCUCACAGCAAGGCAAAAGGGGAGCCUUUGACGGAGUACGGAUGACUACGGCGCUCCAAACGCAUCACUGUCUAUAAACGUGACACUCGUUUGCAACUAACUCCAACUAAA